CCCUCCCCUCUUUUACUAACCCGUCAUGUGAUAGCUGAUCCAGCUAGCUACACACAGUAUACAAGCCUUGGCUAGCUAGUGUCCUGCUCUUCUGGACUGUUACUGGAGAUAACUGCUCUCUACACAGCCAAGCAAGGAAAAUGUCAGCCCCGCCCCCUCCACCUCCACCACCACCCCCUCCACCGCCCCCACCACCACCUCCACCAGGGAUUGGUAGUAGUCCGCCCCCACCACCACCCACACUUGCUCCCCCGGCCCCCACUGCUGCCCCUGUGGACACACCCCCUUCUGUUGAGACGGGCCAUGUUGCCCCUAGCAACAGCGGAGGGGACACAGUGAAGUCCUGGGAGCGCCCGUGGUCCAUCACUGAGCUCAAGAAUGGGUCAUCACAAUGGACUCUGGCUAAUGAUGCCGGGAUGCUGCUCUACUUGAAAGAGUUUUCUGAGCGUAUGAAGACCAAGACUCAUGAACUGGAGAAGCAAGUGGAUACUCUACUCUUUGAGGCUAAGGGCACGGACACUCGGAUGAACAACGUUAUCAACGAUUUUCUGAUGUUGUCAAACAUCCAAUUUGUUGAAAAUCGUGUGUGGGACGAGGCGGACAAGGAAACUGAACAACCACAAGAGAAAACAGAGCAAGAGAAACAAGUGGAGAUGGAGAAGGCACGUGAUGGUAGGCAAGCUGAGAUUACUGACCGCAUUAAAACAGCGCUGGCUUGUGGACUAAAAGUGCUGGACGAAGCAUUUGAAACACUCACAGUCAACCCUGAAGAGGACGAAGACGAUCUUGAGGAGAGCUACACUGCAGACCAGGAACUACUGCUUGAACCCCGUGACCCCUAUGCCCUGCGCUCUCUCCCCCAUCGUAUUGGUACCACUGCAUUCCUAUCAGAGGAUGAUAUCGGACUACAGGAAGUGGUUUCAGAGGAUGAGGGAAAUGAAGCUGGUCUCUAUGAUACUGACGAUGACGAUGAGGAGAGAGGAGAGGUCACUGGAGGUCUGGCUGAUGAUGUGUUGUCUGCUAGUGAUGAUGGCCUGUUCCCGGACAGUGAGAGUGAGGCUGGCUUCAGUGAUGAGGGGACAGGGGGUGGGCUGGUGGACACCACACCCACUGACUCCACUGACCAGGAGAGCUCUGAGGAAGAAGAGGUCAACGACCUACAGGCAGAGUUAGCGGCAAGACUGGGGGUCGGGAAUAAGCCCCCCCAGGAGGAUGAUGAUGGAUGGGGCUCCGAGAAUGAGACAAAGAAAAAGAAGAAACCAAAAAAGAAGAAGAAUAAACGAGAGAGGACGGCCAGUAAAGUAUCACAUGAUCCAUCAUCAACAUCACAUGAUCUCCCACCAUCAAGAAGUGCAGGGGAUCUGUUUGCCCCCUCGGAUGAUGAGCUACCCCCAGAGGAGGGCGGUGGUUUAUUCGCUGGUACAGGGGUCAAGUUUGACACAGAGGGGGAGUCCCCUCGUCAUGACCUCGAGGCCAGCAUUGCAAGCACCAAAUCAGGUAGUUCUCUCGGUAAGAAGAAGCGUCCUGCUGGAGCAGUGCCCAUGUUUGGUGGUGGAGGGGGUGGUCUCUUUGAUGAGAGUGACGAUGAAGCUCCUCCUAUUGAGAAACCAUCAGUAAAGGCAACAAAGAGCAAACCAAAGACAAGUAGUUCUGACUUGUUUGGAGAAGAUGAGGACGACUGGAUGACCACACCCACCAUCCAUGAGGCCACACCCACACCAGCCGAGGCCACACCCACCACAGAACCCAGGAAGAAGAAGCCAGUGGGCGGAGUCUCUUUGUUCGGAGAUGCUUUAACUGCCUCCUUGACUAGCCCGCCACUCACUCGGAAGUCAGAGGUCAAAUCAUCAGGGGGUGGGCUGUUUAGUGAUGAAGAUACUGACGGAGCUAUCGACCAAUUAGAUUCUUCCAAGGAGCCAACAGACCUGUUCCUAGGGGAGGAUUUGUUUGGAGCCCCGCCCACUGUCACGCCCCCUACUGAUACAAGAAGGAAGAAGCCAGCCGGAGCAGUCGCGUUGUUUGGUGGAGCUGAUCUAUUUGGUACCAGUCAACCAACUGAGACCAUACCCACUGAACCUCCUAAAGCCGCUAAGAAGCCAUCCAAAAGCUCAGGUUUAUUCAACGAAGAUCUCGAUGGUGAAGACAUUUUCACUUUCUCACCACCCGACAAGAAGGACAAGAAAGCCAAGGACAAGGUGAAGCCAGACAAAUCUCGUACGACACUUAGCCACUCCCUCUUCACUAGUACGGAGGAGGAGGAGCCUGACUUGUUUGCUACGCCCACUAAACCACCCCCCACAAAGCAACCUCCCAGGGAGACGGACGACUUGUUUGGAGAUCUUGAUAGUCCAGAUGGUGACAACUUCUUUGAGAGAAGUUCCAAACCAGCAGCAGACAAGAAGCCACCAGCUCCAGUAGUCAAGGCUGAUAUUGAACACAGGGAAAGCAGUGAUGAUCUGUUUGGAUCACCUCCUAGUCAACCAUCAGACACUCUCUCUAAACCUGUUGAGAAGCCCCCCACUAGCAGCAGCAAGACUAUUGACUCAUUGUUUGGGCAGUCUCCUCCUCCAUUGAGCAGCUCACCUACUGAUGACCUGUUUGGAUCACCUCCCAUCAGCACACCAUCUGCUAAACCACCUCCUAAACUAGUGGCCACUAGUAAGCCCCCUCUCAGAGGUAGCUCUCCAGAUGAUGACCUGUUUGGACCUCCUCUCAAACCAACGUCAGCCAAAGAUGGGCUUUUUGAUACGAUACAACCUCAACCAGUUAAACCAGUGACUAGCAAACCAGCAGAGCCUACAGUGGCCCCCAAGCCUGUGGGGAAACCCCCCACACCACCCCCCACCAAGAAGCAGUCCCCCCCUCCCACUAAGAGUAAGAAUAGUGGAAGAGGAGAUCUCUUUGAAGACUCUUCUGAUGAUGAUCUCUUCUCCAGCAAACCCCCCAGAGAGUCAGGACCCCCCACACAGACAGAGAAGACCUCCCCUGUUCCUGUCAGACGCAAACCAGUCGGUGCAGUCUCUUUGUUUGGAGGUGUUGAUCCUUUUGGAGCUGCAGGACCAAAGUCACCAGGUCUCAAGUCACCUGACCUACGACCAAUCAGGAAGAGCCUUGAGAGCAGUGGAUUGUUUGGAGAGAGCACUGAAGAGCCGGCUAGUAGGAAGGUAGCAGCGCCGACAGUGUCUAGGAAGCCAACACGAUCCUCACAAUCUACCAGUUCCCUAGAGAACUCACUGCCAUCACCCUCUAAACUCAAGGUGAAUCUGAGCAUCAACCCCCUGUCCCUGCGUCCUGCUGGGGGGGCAGCCACUAACCCCCUAGGGGGGGCACUGCGUCCUACCACCAAACCCACUAAUGAGCUCUCCCUCUCCUUUGAAGACCCAGUCUCAGUCAACCCUCUCGAGAGUCUCACUAAAAAUCGUGCACGUAGACCAGCUGGUAAGAGGCCUCCGUCACGUAGACCCAGAGGAACAGUGCUCCCAGUGGCAGCCAAUCAGAUUGCUCACAGCUCCUCUGAUGACCUCUUCUCCCCCACCACCUCACACAAGAACACUGGCUCUACUGACACUGGCUCUACUGACACUGGCCCUGCUGACAUAUUUGCAUCAUUAGACAUUAGUCAACCUAUCAAGGUACAGCCAGUGGUGGUAGAUGACAUAUUUGCUCCCUCUAAAGCAGCAGGGAAGGUCCCCCCUAGUGUGCUGAGCCAGCCAGACUCCACUCAACACACAGUGAAGGAUGAUCUCUUCAUUGAAGCCACUGAUGCUAGUGGAAAGGCCCUGUCAGAGGAGGCAGCCAAGAGUGAGAAGAAGAGCAAGAAGGUUAAGAAGGUCAAGGGUCGACCUGACGAUGACCUCUUUGGAAAUACUGAUGACAUAUUUGGAGACCUCAGUGCAGCCAGUCCCAGACCAAAGAAGGCAACAAAGGUCAAGAAGUCUACUAAGUCCGAAGAGUCGUCUGAAGUCAAGGUGAAGAGAGCAAAGAAGAAGAAAAAGCCAACCACAGAAGCACAGGACUUAUUUGACUCUCCUAGUAUUUUCGAUGAUCCAUUAGGAUUAGGCAAUUAAUUGACUUGUGAUUGUGUGUACUUAGUAUUACUCAUAGUGUGUCAUCAUGCACUCCAUAUUGUUGCUGAUAUAACAAUUAUUGUGUGUAACAUAAUUCCAACAACAUCAACAUAAGGGCACUAAUGAUUGCAUGUCUCUAACUAUAGCUAGCUAACACACAGUAUGGUCAUGUGUACAUGGGAUAAGCUAUAGGAGUCCACUCUAAACAGUCUGGGUCCACACAAACAUCACUCUGUCUCCAUGCCUCAAGCCUCUGUGCAUGCUCAUCCAGCACAUCCUACAAACAGUACAAUUACAUUAGGAUUACAACACAUGAACAUAAACUAACCUUUCUUAAAAGGAUUAUGUGUUUGCCUUUCCAAUAUUUUAGUAGUCCAUAAUAUUGUAGUGUGCUCACUAUGUCAUCACUGUUCACCCCGGUUUCCAUGCCAACCUCUGCAUUAGGUGGGCGGAUAUACACACUUGAGUGGGCGGGAUACCUACACCCACCUUUAAUAGAGAUAUUGCUGCCACUGUGUUCAUGCUCCAGUAUGUAAGUGAGUAUCACAUUCUUCCAGUAACUACGAUACGAGACAAGGCCUAAAUCAGAGAGAGGUCUUUCAGGAGAGCCAAACUUCUGCUCCUUACGAGUCAAUAAGUAGCUGAAGUCAAUCAACAUUCUUCCAUAACCUUUCCUCAUGUGUUGUGGUAGUACCACUAUACAAGAGAGGUUGUAGCUCUGAGCAGAGUGCUUCUCCUGCAUGUGCAUUAGGUAGGUUAGGUUCAUGAGGUGUGCAUUAGGUAGGUUAGGUUCAUGAGGUGUGCAUUAGGUAGGUUAGGUUCAUGAGGUGUGCAUUAGGUAGGUUAGGUUCAUGAGGUGUGCAUUAGGUAGGUUAGGUUCAUGAGGUGUGCAUUAGGUAGGUUAGGUUCAUGAGGUGUGCAUUAGGUAGGUUAGUUCAUGAGGUGUGCAUUAGGUAGGUUAGGUUCAUGAGGUGUGCAUGGGCUGUAUUCACUGUUAGGCAGAUCACACAACCUGUAUUGCAGCACAUCAAUGGGACUACUAAAAGUGUAUUUAGUUUGAAAUCAGACACUACUGUACUUAUAAACAUGUUUAUCAGUUAGUGGUUGAUUGGGCUGCACUUUAUCAACCAACCCCAGACCCACACAGAACAAGGCUUACAGCCACAUACACAUACAUGUACACAGGAUACAGGAUAAGGUAGUAGCUACCUUAGAGAAGUAUCCUAGUAUAUGGCAGCCAUUGGAGUCAGCCAGAGUGAGAGUGUAGAAUAAGAAGGGCUCUACAUCAAAGUACAGUGUCUUGCUCUCCAGGAAGAGUUUGGCCAGUAGACACAAAUGCUGACAAUACACUUUAUGCCUAUCCCCGUCUAUUUCAAACACUGACAAGGCACCUCUUCGAUAGAUCUCAUUCCCGGGAGGAUGGCGCCAACUGCAGUCACCCUGCAAUGUGUGGAGUGGGUGGAGUGUGAGGGUGUGUGGGGCUUACUGAGUGUCUGUGAAGGAUGGGGGCACUCUUGAAAUACUUGAGGCAGAAUUCACAGAAAUAGAGUUUAUCGAGGUGAGUAUGGUCCAGAGGGAAGGGUGAUGGAUACCAGGUCAUUAUCUCAUACUGUCCAAACUCUAUCUUCUUGAGUUGGUAUUCCCCUCCAUUAGCUGGAGCCUCUGUUAGACCCUCACCACCGCCAUUAGCUGGAGCCUCUGCUAGACCUUCGCCACCGCCAUUAGCUGGAGCCUCUGCUAGACCCUCACCACUGCUAUUAGCUGGAGCCUCUGUUAGACCCUCACCACCGCCAUUAGCUGGAGCCUCUGCUAGACCCUGUAUGGGCAGGACAAUCAUUACAAUAACACAUUGUCAAUAGGACCAUAAUGACUGCAAUAGUACCCAAAAUAGUAGGGAACUUAACAAUGUCUCUAGUAAAGUAUUGACAGCUAACAAUGGGCUAGUUAAUCACAAGAUCAGCUACACACACACGAGGGCCAUUUACAGCUAGUGUAGGUCAUGUGAGGGGUGGAGUAUAAAGAGAGGCUCUGUAGUGAGAGAAGCUCAAAGGAUCUGUUGUAGCAGCUACUGACAAUGAAGUGUUUGGCUGUAUUCCUCGUGUUGAUUGGACUCUCCCUGGCCAUGCCAGUUGAGAAACAAAAUGCUGAAGCUGAGAAGAUUGACCUCGAUGAAUUGCUAAGCAUUCUCAACUCCCAAACUACUACAGCAAAGGCAAAGGCUAGCACUCAAAGUGUUAAAAACAUAUUUGGUAAAGUUGGAGAAAUCCUUCGUCCAGCUCUGCGCCCCAUUCUUGAGAAGGCUAUAGAUGCUAUUGUGGGGGAUGGACAAGCUACAGCCCAGCAAGAGGAGCAGAUGACUCCUGAGAAGUUCUUCCGUGUGUGUUGUGAGAUAGCCAUGGCUCUGAGUAAAGGGGAGGAUGUGUCUAUGAUGGAGCUGUGUCGCCGGUGCUGUCAAGUAGCUGAGGGAUUGUUGGAUGCUGGACAAGGAAUGUCAGCCAACCAGUUCUAUAAGUUCUGCUGCUCUGUUGCCAAGGAGAUAAUGGGUCAAGCCACACCCACAACCCCUGUAGCUGCUGUCAAUGGGGCCAAAGCUCAGAAGCUCUCGAGAGUCUUGGACAUUGCACUACCAAUUAUCCUUGACAGAUUAGGCUAAAGAACGAACAAAACAGACAAUUAAUAGACUUUGCUAACUAAUAAUUAUUGUGUGUUUGAUUUGCUAUGAUGAUCUAUGAUGAUCUAUGACAGAUAUGUACAGUCCA